AAGCCGCGACUGCGGUCCCGGGAAGGAAGCCAAGUUGAUGAGCUACACUGGGGACAGGGUGAGAGGUCUUGAGGGGCGAGUGGUGGUCUGGAGAGCCCUGGGCACCGCCCUGCUGGGACCCAAAUUCCUCGUGGGAACGAUGCUGCAGCCAUUGCCGCAACCACGAUGCCGAAACGAAAGAAGCAGAAUCAUCAGCAGCAGCCGCCGCAGCAGCAGCCCCCACUGCCAGAGCGGGAAGAGACUGGAGAUGAGGAGGAUGGGAGUCCCAUCGGACCACCCAGCCUUCUGGGCCCUCCCCCCAUGGCCAAUGGAAAGCCUGGUGACCCCAAGUCAGCUCUUCACAGAGGUCCUCCGGGAUCAAGGGGACCAAUGAUCCCACCACUGCUGAGUCUCCCACCUCCUCCCCGGGGCAGAGGCCCAAUUCGGGGAGGCCUAGGCCCCAGGUCUGGCCCAUAUGGUCGUGGUUGGUGGGGGGUCAAUGCUGAGCCUCCUUUUCCUGGACCAGGCCAUGGGGGUCCCUCCAGGGGAGGCUUUCACAAAGAGCAGAGAAAUCCUCGAAGGCUCAAAAGCUGGUCUCUUAUCAAGAAUACCUGCCCACCCAAGGAUGGACCCCAGGUUAUGGAAGACAAAUCUGACCGCCCCGUCUGCCGACACUUUGCCAAAAAGGGCCACUGUCGAUAUGAGGACCUCUGUGCCUUCUACCACCCUGGCGUAAAUGGACCUCCUCUGUGAGACUGUGCCUUCCCAUCCAGACUGGAAGGAUCCCUCUGACUUGGCGGCCAUAUACUUCCCUGUGGCCCUGUGAUGGCUACCACGAGGCUGUUCACCUGCCGCCCUCAGUCAGUGAUGCCCAGCUCCAUCGCCACCUCCCCCACUCGGGGUCCAGAGCUGUGUUCCGUGACUGGUGCACGGUGUGCACUCUUCCUUCUGAUGCAGCCUCCAGAGACUCGUCUCCGGGACCCCAUCUUUGCUCCAUUCAACUGCCUCCUGGAUCCUCUUCCCCCUCGCCAGCUGACUGCGGAACAGGAAACCUCUUUGGUGCUGUUUCUUGCGCAUCUGUCCACCCCGCCCCGGGUAGCGCCCUGGAUUCCUGAGAGCCCUGGAGCAAUUUCCUACCAUUCCCUUCUCGCUGCUUGUUUUAAGUCCUUUUUAUGUGACACCCCCUUCCCCCAGUGUUGUCAGCUGCUCUGUGACACUCACCAGCUUGUCUGACCUGGGGUCAAGUUGGGAUGACUGGGGCAGAGUCACUCCUGAGAGGCCACGUUCCCUGCUUUUGGAUUUUGUAGUUUCUGCGUCAGUAGCAUGAUCUCCACCGCUAUGGUCUGUGAUCACUGUGCUUUGUGAGACUGUGCAUCCCCUCAUAGCCUUUCUCAGCGUCCAUGGCAUUUUUGUGACUUCCCAACGCUAGAGUGAGUUUUUCUGCCAAAAUGCGUGGGGCCGUCGGUGUCCUCUAGACUUUCCCCACCUCCCAACGUGGGAGAACUGUGAAACCUCCACAAGGCUGCCUGCCUGGUCCUCCCCAUUCUCCCGGUAUCGGUUUCUCUGGGUUUGACACAGGCCCGAGAGAUGUCCUCUACCCUAUCUCCUCUCCAGCCUGUUUUAGUUAGACUAUGUCAUUGUGAGGCCACCAGCCCUUUCGUUUGAAUUCUGUGAAUCUCCACCUGGUCUACCUGUGGGUGGAACUUGGACAGUACUGUCGCCCUCUUCCAGCCUUCUUCCCUUGCAUCCCUGGCACUGGUUGUUUUCUGUGAAAACGGCAGUGAACAGGUUCAGUUUUGAACUGGCCCUGGGGAAAUGGGUCAGGAGUUGUGUGGGCAAGAGGGAGGGAUGAGAGCCGUUGGAGAACUGAGAAUGAAUUUUUUUUUCUUUCUAACAUGUUUUUAUAUUAGUAAUAAAUGCAGCGGAAACAA